GCGAGGCUGGGAGAGAGUUGGCGUCCCCUGCGCUUCUCGUGUCCUGCCAGCAGCCCCAUAGGCCCAGACGCCAUAAAGGCAGGAGAGAGGGCAGAGCCCAGAUCCUAGAGUCAUCUGCCCGUCCGUGCCCGGGUGGAGGAGCUGGGGGCCCUGCCAGAGCCCGAGCUCAGAGCAAGGUGCCCCCAUCCCUGCUGCUGCCAUGUGGCUGCUGGGCCUUGUCUUGAUGCUGGGAGCUGCAGCCGCCAGCCCGGGCACCUACAAGAUGAAGGGCUACCCCUGCUGCCCCCACUCCCAGCCCUGGCAGGCGGCCGUCUACAAGGGUGUCACCUUCAGCUGUGGUGCCACCCUCAUCGCCAGGCGCUGGGUCCUCACAGCUGCCCACUGCAACAACAGCCCCAUCAGCGUCCGCCUGGGCAAGUACAACCUCAACACCCCCGAGUGCACAGAGACGUGCCAUGCUGUGGAGAAGACCAUCAUCCACCCUGGGUACAACUACACAUCCCAUGAACAUGACCUCAUGCUGGUGAAGCUGAAGACGCCUGUCACUUACAACCGCUUCAUUGAGCCCCUAGCCCUCGCCACCCGCUGCGUCCAGCCUGGCGAGGCCUGCCUGGUCUCGGGCUGGGGCAGCACACUCAAUGCCCCAGGGGACGUCCCUGUCAUCCUUUACUGUGCCAACGUCACCAUCCUGUCCUGGGAGCAGUGUUCAGCUGCCUACCCCGGUAGUGUGAAGGACACCAUGGUAUGUGCCGCUAUGAAGAACGGGGGCACCGAGUCCUGUGAGGGUGAUUCUGGAGGACCCCUGGUCUGUGAUGGGAGACUCCAAGGUUUGGUGUCUUGGGGCGACGUGCCCUGUAUCACCACCAUGAAACCUGGCGUGUAUGUGAAUGUCUGCAAGUACUAUGAGUGGAUCCGCUACAUGAUCCAGCACUACUGACCCUUCUCUGCAUGCUAGGGGCUGGACGUUCCCUGCCUAGAAGAACAUCCCACCACUAUCAAAGAUGUAGAUCUCUCUGCCAACACUACCCUUACUCUCAUUUCCCUUCAGGACAGUCCCAGCCCCACCCAGCUCCCCCAGAAGACUCCUAAUAACACCGAGGGGAACUCCAAUGUUUCCUUGAUGUGGCUGGAUUAUUUUUCCCCUUUCAUGAUAUUAAAUUAUCUUGCAUUUGA